GCGGCAUCAGGAUUAACAUAAGAAAAUCACUGCAUUAAUUAUAAAAAUGAUGCAAUUUAAUCCCUUGAAUGUUAUAAUGUUACUCUAUACAACUUUCAUUGCUCUUAACUUUCCACAAGGUCCGAUAACUCCAAAAGAAGUAGAAGUGAAGGAGAAGAUUGAAUAUUUGUUAAAAGAAAUAGAAAAUGGAGAGGAAUUUGAAAUAGAAGAAGUAGAAACUUUAGAUUUUUACAAUACAUAUGAAGUUCCAGAAGCGAAAAAUAUUGAUUUAUUAGAGGAAAAUGAAAGAAGAGAGUAUCUCCCGGAAGAAGUUAUUUGUAGCUCCGUUGAAUCAGGAAUAUCAAAUGAUUAUAAAAAGCAAGCUGUGGAAUACUGGAAGAGCAAUAAAACAGGACCAAGAUCGCUUGAAGGAGUUAAAAGAAGAUACAGAAAGUAACAUCGAUGCGACAAUUACGACGAUGCACAGUGGGUCAAAUGGGUAUUUUCGUGGACAAAAAUCGCUAAACGGCGUUAACGGUUAAUUCUUAACCGAUUUCCAUGCUUUUUUUUAAAUUUACUCGCGAUGAAUUGCUCUACAAUUGUAUCGAGCCCGAUUUUUAAAUUAGACC